AUGUCCAACAAAGGAAAAGACAUAGCAGAUGGAUCAUCAUCAAGAUCUUCUACUUCAACAAUAGGUGAUGGUACAGGUGGUAGCGAUCAUCAGCAUCAGCAUCAGCAGCAGCAACAACAACAGCAACAGAUUCCACUGAGUCGUUACGAGUCACAAAAACGAAGAGAUUGGAAUACUUUUGGACAAUAUUUAAGAAACCAAAGGCCCCCGGUAGCACUUUCUCAAUGCAAUUCAAAUCAUGUUCUUGAGUUUCUAAGGUAUUUGGAUCAAUUUGGGAAAACCAAAGUGCACUUACAAGGAUGUUUGUUCUUCGGACAAACCGAACCUCCCGGGCCAUGUACUUGUCCUCUAAAACAAGCUUGGGGAAGCCUUGAUGCACUUAUUGGAAGAUUAAGAGCUGCCUAUGAAGAAAAUGGUGGAUUACCUGAGACUAAUCCAUUUGCUAGUGGUUCCAUAAGAAUCUAUCUUCGUGAAGUGAGAGACUCUCAGGCUAAGGCUAGAGGAAUUCCUUACAAGAAGAAAAAGAAGAAGAGGAUUCCAAUCAAACAUAACGGUGAUACCUCAAAUUUGCCUAUGCAGUGA